GACAGACACAGAACAAUUCAGUAUAGAAUACUUUACAACUUUACCACAGUUUAGCUAAAACUUCUACUGUGACUUUACUAUUAGUGUAAUUUUAUUUUUGUUUUUAUACAUCUCAAUUUUUUUAUUGUGGUCACAGAAUAUUGUGACUAAAGAGCCAAAUUAACAAGAAGUCUUGUUUUAAUUUAUAUUUUUUUCAAGUGGAAAUGUCUACCAAGAAUAAUUCUGUUGAUGCUCGUCUAGAAUUGGCGGAAUUAGUGAAGAGAAAAGCUGAAAUAGGGGAGACGCUUGCCAAAUUGGAACAACAAAUAUAUGCGUUCGAGGGCACAUACUUAGAAGACACUCAACUGUAUGGCAAUAUUAUCAGAGGAUGGGACAGAUACUUAUCCAGUAACAAAACUACCAACUCUAAAGCAGAUAAACGUAACAGAAAAUUCAAGGAAGCUGAGAGACUAUUUUCGAAAUCAUCGAUUACAUCAAUGGCAGCAGUAAGUGGGAUUGUGGAUCAAAAUCCUGAUAAAAUGGACAGGCAGAGUGAAACAGAAUCACUGACAAAUGAAGAUUCCAGCGAUACCAAUAUAGCUGUGGUAACGAACCAUAUAGAUUCAGGCAUCAAAACUGCUGGAAAGCAAUCUACCAAUUCUAACUCAAUUUCAACAAAUGGUACUCAGAAUGGUUUGGAUAGAGCAAGUCCUGGUCCCGAUGCCUCCGUCAGACAGAAGAAUUUUCCUCCUAGUGCCAAGAAGAACAACAAUAAAAAAGCGAGGCAUAGAUAACAACUCUAAUAUUUGUAAAAUCUAGAUGCAAGUAGUGAAGAUGAAUUUAUUUUAAAGUUUUUAUGUGACUGACAGGUUUUUCAAAAAUCUACAGAUGUUUAUUCAAUAGGCCUACUAUUUUAAUACAAAAAUCAUAAUAAAAAAUGACAUUCCUAGAAGUUGAUCAAAUCUUAGAUGUUUGCAAGUAAAGUCAAGUAGUGUUUAAAAAGUUUUCUUUUUAUUGAAACCUUAUAUUAAUUUUUUACUGUUUUCUUGAGUAUAUAACCUUCCACAAUCUGAAAAAUGAACAAAGCCAAAUCAAUAAAUCAGCAGAUAGAAAAGUAUUGAGUCCUCUACAAAAAAUUGUCUUUCAAAGAAUACUGAUAAUAAUGUUAUCAUCUUCCAUACAGUUUAAAUAAGUGACUGACUAAAUGAAUAUAUUAGUUUUGUAUGCAUAUCAUGAGAAAUAUUUUCUCCUAAGCAUUUUACUACCACUUGCACUGUCCACCAUUUUGGAUAAACAUUCUCAACUCUAUUAGAAUGUACAACCUUCUUCCUGAUUAAUUUAAGGCAUUCAAUAUCAAUAAAUCCCAAUAUAAAUUGAAAAAACAUUUACUACACAUAUAAUAAGAAUAAGUUGACUGUAAAUCAGGUUUAUAAUUGUUCAGUAAUGUAUUAUUUUCGGGUUAUCAAUCUCUACUACUUAUUCUCUAACCCUCUUUCAUUCUUUUCUUUUUUAUUAAGUUAGCUUUUCAGUCAGUUAUUGUAUAAAUUCAGACAGAUCAGACAUGUAUCAAUCUAUUCCUCUCUUCAAUUUUUUUAAGUAUUAUGCCCCUUGUUGGUUGAGUAUAAUAUCUCUGAGCUGGACUUCACCAGCAGUUUCAUAAUUUAUUUUUAUGUUUAAAUUGUAUUUGAGCCAAUAAACACG